AUGUCAACUGUGGAAGCAGCUCUGACUGUCCUCUGUCUGUCCUUCCCUGUCUGUCUCAUCGUCUUCGCCUCUGCAGGGCAGAAGUGUCUGCGCCACUCGACCAAAGUGUUGGACACUCAGGUUCUGAUCAGUCCGUCUCAGGAGUCGGCUCAUUCAGAGGUGUUCGCCCUGCUGUCCCAGGACUCGGCUCAGAAGCUGCUGAUCUUGUCCGGCCUGAGCGAGGAGGACAGUGGAGACCUGCUGUUUCACAGAGGACUGUUCUCACCAGAACAUCUGAGGCAAAUAAUAAAAGAGCAGUUUGAAGAUAAUGAGAGCUCUGCCUCCUGCCUUCCCCUCACCAAGACCCAUCUGACCCUCAGCUGUCCCAACAUCGGGCAGUGGAGGAAGACUCUCUUGGAAAACCCACCCCUGCAGGGUUCUCUCACCCUCCAAAUCAACCCCCCAGAGGUGCUACCUGCCAUGCAGUCUCUGGGGGAAUUUACGUCCCUCAUCUCUGGGACAAUUUGCACUGCUUCCCCCUUUGACCUCCUGCCACCUCCAUCUACUGUUGGUUUCCUCAAACUGUCCCGUCCCUGUUGCUAUGUGUUCCCUGCGGGCCGCGGCGACUGCGCCUUUUUCGCCAUUAACGGGUUCACGGUGCUGGUGGAUGGGGGGUCCGACUAUCAGGCCUGCUUCUGGAAGCUGGUUCGCCACCUUGACAGAGUGGAUGCAAUUUUGUUGACGCACAUAGGCACGGAGAACCUCCCAGGUGCCAUAUCGUUCUUGGAGAGGAAGGUGGCUGAGAAAGAACUGAGUUCUGAAAUAAAAGAUGACUUGUCUAAGAAGCUCAUCUCUCCAGAGCUUGGCGUUGUAUUCCUCAACGCACCAAGCAGAUUGCAGGAGUUACAAGGUGAAGACAAUGUGCUCAGGAGCACACAGCAGGCAGCUGUAACCCUACAGCUGCUGAAGAAGUUAGACAUUAAGCCGCAACCAAUGUUUCGACCACAAGGAGUACCCAUUAAGCCACUAACCCUGUUUCAAAAGAUGGGGGUGGGACAGUUGGAUUUGUACAUCCUAAGUCCAGGGAGAAACAGCCAGGAGUAUGAGACAUUCAUGCAAAACUGGCCUGAUGGAAUCAUAUCAUCAUCAAAAUCCCCAAGCCUCCCUCUCACCACCCUGGCCUCAGUUUCCGUCUUGCUCGUGUGGCAUCCAGCGUGUCCGCAAGAGAAGGUGGUCAGGGUGCUGUUCCCGGGUGUAACGCCACAAGAGAAGCUACUCCAGGGACUGGAGAAGCUCAAGGGGUUAGACUUCUUACAGAAACCAACAGUGACUACUGGAGACCUUGAAAGGCUGGGGCAGGACAGAAAAGUCAAGAGGACGGAUAGCCUGGACAGUGGCAAGUCUCUGGGUAAGGAGGGAUCACCCAAGUAUGGGAAAGAACGUGUAGUUCGAGAGGAGGGAAAAGAAAAAGGAAAGACUUUAAUUGGAGUUGGUGGAAAAGAUGUGGACAAAGCCAAAAUCAAGGAAAUAGGAUUAAAACAUAAAGCAUCAUUUUCAGAAAGGAAUAGUUCAAAGAAAGGAGUGGGGAAGGGUGGAAAAAAAGAGGAGAAGACUGUUGAAAAAGAGAACAGUAUUAAAAGGACUGAACCGAUGAAAAGGAUUUCUGCUCCCUCAAAAGCAAAGAGUGAAAACAAAACCAGACCCAAAAAGGAUACAAAAAAUGUCUCUAAGACAGGAGAGAAGAAAACACAAAAACUACUAGGAAAUGAAGCAAACAAUAGCAAGAAGGUGCACGUAAACACUGAACUGCCUAAUAACAAGUCCAAACAAAAAACUGUAGAGCCAGAAAUUCCUGUUAAGACGAAAGAGAAUCAAAAACGAGAGACAGCGAACCACUGUGGCUCUAAAACGUCUACCCCUGAGGACAUGACUGAGGAUUUUUUCAGGCUUCAACAGGAAAGUGAACAGGAAGAGGCACAGGUGGAAACAGCUGAUAAAGAAAAGCAGAAAAGCAGUGAGUUAGGCAAUAUAAAGAGACUUGGAGGUUUAAGUGAAGAGCCAUUCAAUAAAAGUGUUGACAGAUCAGAAGAGGAGGCAGCAGGUGGUUCAGGGCUAAUGGAAGUGGAAAGUGGUGGUAGCCGAGAGCAACAUAUACCUGCGACUGGUAGGAAAGAAGAAAUAGAUCCCAAGAAAAACUUUCCAGAUGAGCCUAUUAAAUCAAGCAGACCUGUAAAAGUUGUAGGAUUUCCAUCUCCUUUAAACAAGGCAUCAAAGAUGGAAUGUACCGUCCAGUUAGACAUUACUCCAACUGAGUAUACGCUUCUGGAUGGGGCUUUGAGAAACACGCCUCCCUCGCAGGCUUCUCCAGAAAACCAGGCCCUUAACAGCCCAGAUGAGGAGACUGUGGAGCCAGUUUCCCCUGACUCACGUCCCAACAGUGCAGGCCACACUCCUUACUGUUUGUCCCCGGACGACGUGUGGUGCAACAGGACCGCUCUGAGCAGACUACAGGCCCAGAUGGGUAACCCUGAUUCAGCUGAUGCCUACGAUCUCACUGAGUUAUCCAGGCAGAGUGAGAGCCAGACCAAAAGUGCUCCAGAAAACAGCACAAACUCUAAAGAGAAGCAUCUCAGCUUUCUUUCCUUGGGUGCAUUUAAAGAGGGAUCUUCAGAGCCCUCCCCGUCUGUGACCACCACCACCACACAUUCAUUGCCAGCUGAGGUGAGCUCGCCUCAGUCCACAGAAGUAGAUGAAUCACUGUCCAUGUCCUUUGAGCAAGGACCAACCACUGUGAGUCAGAGAGAAGGAGACAACAGUGUUUAUCACUCCCACUCAAACGGAGGUUAUUUUGUGGGAGUGCCUUUACCAGCAAAGAAGCCACCCAGAUCUUUGGGUCAAGGCUCAGAGAUGGGGAGACCUUUUGCGUCUAAGCAAUUUGAGGCAUCUGCUCACGACGUGGACCUGUGUUUGGUUUCACCCUGCGAGUUCAAACAUUUCAAACAGCCUGACUCCAGUUCAGGCACUAGUGAUUCCUCCAAAGGAGCCUUUGCCUCAAAUCACCAGGGCAACAACAACAAUUACCCCAAGGAUCGGUCACACAGUGAAUCAAAUGCCCCUGCUUGCACUGAGGAUUGCCCGUCCACCACAGCAGAUGGAGUUCUGGACUCAGACUCAGACGAGUCAUGUAGUGACCCUUCCAACUCCCCAUGUGACCACAAAAGCAGUCAAGCCCUGCCCCCAGACCCUCUUCCAGCCCCUCUCAGAGACAGUCCUCCCCUGCCGCCCCACCCCGACACCUCCAUGCCUGUUCCUCUGAUGGACUCUGAAGCUCAUGGGAAGAGAACCAAAGCCAGUGGAAGCAGAGACAAAAAAAUGUCAGCUGUGAGUAGCUGUUAG